AUGGCGCCUCCUCCACGCUUGCGCAUUUUGUCCGUCGGUGGCAAUGCCAUCUCCGCCUUUCUCUCAUGGCGAUUGCAGGCUACCACCUCCUGCGACGUGACGCUCGUCUGGAAAUCCGGCUUCGAGGCCGUCUCCCAAUAUGGCGUCUCCUUCAAAUCAAAAGCUUUCGGUAAUGAGCGUUUUAAACCCCGUCACGUUGUCCGCGCCCCCGAAGAAGCCUCAUCCCGCGAAGCCGUCUACGACUACGUGAUUCUCUGCGUCAAGGCCCUUCCUGAUGUCUACGACCUCGCCUCCGUCAUUGAGUCGGUCGUUACUCCCCAACACACCUGCAUUCUCGUCAAUACCACAAAUACGCUUGGAAUCGAGUCCCAUAUCGAACAGCGAUACCCGACAAAUGUCGUCCUUUCCCUCGUCUCCAACGUCGAAAUCACCCAGACCGGCCCCGCCGAGUUCGAACACCUUAAUUCCAGCGAAAUCCAUGUGGGCGCGACCAGCAGAAAAUCAUCAAUCCCGACCUCUAUACAGAAUGACAUGGCGUCCGCCCUGGCAAUGACCCUCAACACCGGCCAGGUCGAUUGCAAGGUGUCUCCCAAUAUCAGACAGGAGCAGUUCGAGCGGAUGAUCGGCCCGAUCGCGUUUCACCCGGCCAGUGUGGCCUUUGAGUGCUCAAACCCGAACCAGCUACUGGAGAAAAACGGCGUGCGUCAACUAGUCACAGGAGUCCUUGACGAGCUGAUGAUGCUGGCUUCCUCCCACGGCUGUACUUUCCCUAGCGAUUUCCGCGAGAAGACGAUCGAAAAGAUGACCGCCUCCGACGCCCCCAGCACAAUGUACCAGGACUUCACUUCCAGGCGCCCGAUGGAGAUUGAGAACUUUUUGGGAUCCCCAAUCAAAAUGGCCACUGAAUCCGACACGCCCGUGCCCCGGAUCGAGGCACUCUACGCAAUGCUCCACCACAUCAAUAUCGCGAAUCAGUCCAGACCCCGCCACGGGGAUUCCCCCCCUGCGUCUGUCAUGGGUCAGCCCCCUCCCCGGAUGUCUUCCGUACCUCCGCAGCAACAGGGACAGCGACCGCCUCUCAAUGGGAAUGGCGGGAUGCGAGCGAGUCGGACACAUUCGAGUAUGGGCAUGAUGCCUCCUGGUGCGCGACGUGGUCCACCUCCUGGCAUGAUGCGUCCGCCGCCCGGUGGACCGAUGCCGCCUCAAGCCAACCGUGUUCCUCGUGACCCGUCAUUGGAGGGCCUAGAGGAGUUCAGCCAUCUAGUACUAUACGAUGAUGUGAUGGAGGGCGGUUCGCCACGCCCUAAUGGCAAUGGCCACCCAGAGGGCGGCGCUGAUUUGGCCAUUCGAGAGCGAGAGCUCGCUCUUCGCCAACGAGAACUACAGAUUCGUGAACAAGAGAUGGGUAUGGGCAUGGGAAUGGGCAUGCGACGCGGACCUGGACCUGGACCUGGAGGCCCUGGCCCCGGACGCCGUGGACCACCACCACCCCGAGCUCCGGCUUCUGUGUUUGAUGAAGAGGAUGAGGAUUAUUUCGACCCCAUGGACACCAUGGCAAUCCCUCACAUCGACCCCGACCAAGUGGACAUGAUGAGCAUGACCUCGCGCCGUCGCAAGGGCCCCAGCAACACCCAAUUCCGCAAGAACCCUGAGAUGGCCGCCGGCGGCCCUGCGAUGCACGCCAGCCGACCAUCAUCAUCAUCAGCCUUUGGUCGCUACUUUGGCCGCAAACGCGCGAGUGAUCGCGCAAUGGCCGACAUCCCUGGUCUUCACGAUUCCCUGAUGGACAAUCCCAUAUGGGAGAUUUCCCUCCUCGUCCCUACCCGCAAAGCCGACGUAACAGCCAGUCUCCCGGGGGACCCUUCCCAGGAGCACCUGGUCCUGGCCCUGGUGGCCCUGGUGGUCCCGGCGGCCAUGGACCUCGAAUGGGCCGCCCACCCACUGUGCACGACCAGAAUCUUGGACCCCCCUGGUGGACCUCCCUAUAACGGCCAUCCGUCGCCGCCUGGAAACAUGCGGACACCGGUUCCCCGGCACCCGUCAGGACAAGGCCCGGUUGGACCGCAACAGAUUGAGCAACACUACGGGGUGAGCAACUCCUUCCCCGCCAAGGGCCCUCCCAAGAACAAAAGUCUGACCGGAAGUGCGAGCGCCAGCGCGGAGAGUGGUGAUAGUGGGGCUAGUGCCAAUAUUGAUUCCGAAGUGUCGGCUCAUAGCAGCCAGGCCAGUUUAGGUGACCAACGUCACAUCACGGCCCCUGCUGUGCACUGA